CUGCAGAUGAGUAGCAAUUUUUUUUUUCUUUGGCAGUUAUAAAAGCUAGAAGUAAAAUUGAAUCUUGGAUGAACAUGGCAUCCGUCAGAAGAAGGCGCCUCCCCUCAAUUGUUGCUCGUGAGGAAUUCUUCUCUGCCUCAUGGCUUUAAAAAUCCAGUGCUCUCGCCUUGAAGAAACCUUGUUAAACUUCGAUUUUGAACCACUUUAGACGCGAAAGAGCCGAAAGAAUCAGAAAUUGGAAAUGGCGGACAUCAUUGUUUCCGAUCUUGUGACCAAUCUGUCUCAGCUUCUCUCAAAUACAGAGGUGAAUUUCCUUGAAGAAGACAAGGAAGGAGUUCGAUCUCUCUGUAAUGAGUUUCGGUACAUAAAACUCUUAAUCAACAGCUACGAGGGGAAACCUAUUAAGGACAAUAUUAUGUUUCCAGUGGAUAAAAUCAAGGAGGUUGCUAGUGAGGCGGAGAAGAUUUACGAGGGAUAUGUCGAGAACGUCGCCAAGCAGAAGAAAAGAAGCAAUCUUGUAAAGCUUCUCCUCGGCUCCAAUCAAGCAAGAAUGUUUCAUGAUUUCACGGAGAAGAUAACGAAACUCCAAACAAAAAUUAGAGACAUAUAUGAGUACCACAUCCAACAAAAAGGCGUCAGUGAAGAUGCAUAUCAGUUUCAGAAACACAGGCCGAAGGGUGUCGAUGAAGCUCAAGUAUCGCAGAGGCACGCUUUGCUUCAGAAACAGAGUCCGAAGGCAGUAUUUGGCUCCGAGGAGGAGGAAGAGACAUUGGUGAAUCAGCGACACAUCCAACAAACGAGCGUCGAUGAAGCUGAAGGGUCGCAAAGUCAUGCUUUGAUGCAGAAACAGAGUAAGGAAGUGGAGGAAGAUGAUGUGGUUAGCUUCGAGGAGGAGGAAGAGACAUUGGUGAAUCAGCUGCAAAUCCAACAAGCGAGCGUGGAUGACGCUGAAGUGUCGCAGAGUCAUGAUUUGCAGCAGAGACAAACGCCGAAGGAAGUGGAGAAAGAUGAUGUGGUUGGCUUCGAGGAGGAGGAAGAGACAUUGGUGAAUCAGCAGCAAACCCAACAAACGAGCGUCGAUGAAGGUCAAGGGUCGCAGAGUCAUGAUUUGCAGCAGAAACAAACGCCGAAGGAAGUGGAGGAAGAUGAUGUGGUUAGCUUCGAGGAGGAGGAAGAGACAUUGGUGAAUCAGCUGCAAAUCCAACAAGCGAGCGUGGAUGACGCUGAAGUGUCGCAGAGUCAUGAUUUGCAGCAGAGACAAACGCCGAAGGAAGUGGAGAAAGAUGAUGUGGUUGGCUUCGAGGAGGAGGAAGAGACAUUGGUGAAUCAGCAGCAAACCCAACAAACGAAGGUCGAUGAAGCUCAAGGGUCGCAGAGCCAUGAUUUGCAGCAGAAACAAAGGCCGAAGGAAGUGGAGAAAGAUGAUGUGGUUGGCUUCGAGGAGGAGGAAGAGACAUUGGUGAAUCAGCAGCAAACCCAACAAACGAGCGUCGAUGAAGGUCAAGGGUCGCAGAGUCAUGAUUUGCAGCAGAAACAAAGGCCGAAGGAAGUGGAUGAAGAUGAUGUGGUUGGCUUCGAGGAGGAGGAAAAGACAUUGGUGAAUCAGCAGCAAACCCAACAAACGAAGGUCGAUGAAGCUCAAGGGUCGCAGAGCCAUGAUUUGCAGCAGAAACAAACGCCGAAGGAAGUGGAGAAAGAUGAUGUGGUUGGCUUCGAGGAGGAGGAAGAGACAUUGGUGAAUCAGCAGCAAACCCAACAAACGAGCGUCGAUGAAGGUCAAGGGUCGCAGAGUCAUGAUUUGCAGCAGAAACAAAGGCCGAAGGAAGUGGAUGAAGAUGAUGUGGUUGGCUUCGAGGAGGAGGAAAAGACAUUGGUGAAUCAGCAGCAAACCCAACAAACGAAGGUCGAUGAAGCUCAAGGGUCGCAGAGCCAUGAUUUGCAGCAGAAACAAACGCCGAAGGAAGUGGAGAAAGAUGAUGUGGUUGGCUUCGAGGAGGAGGAAGAGACAUUGGUGAAUCAGCAGCAAACCCAACAAACGAAGGUCGAUGAAGCUCAAGGGUCGCAGAGCCAUGAUUUGCAGCAGAAACAAACGCCGAAGGAAGUGGAGAAAGAUGAUGUGGUUGGCUUCGAGGAGGAGGAAAAGACAUUGGUGAAUCAGCAGCAAACCCAACAAACGAAGGUCGAUGAAGCUCAAGGGUCGCAGAGCCAUGAUUUGCAGCAGAAACAAACGCCGAAGGAAGUGGAGAAAGAUGAUGUGGUUGGCUUCGAGGAGGAGGAAGAGACAUUGGUGAAUCAGCAGCAAACCCAACAAACGAGCGUCGAUGAAGGUCAAGGGUCGCAGAGUCAUGAUUUGCAGCAGAAACAAACGCCGAAGGAAGUGGAUGAAGAUGAUGUGGUUGGCUUCGAGGAGGAGGAAAAGACAUUGGUGAAUCAGCAGCAAACCCAACAAACGAAGGUCGAUGAAGCUCAAGGGUCGCAGAGCCAUGAUUUGCAGCAGAAACAAACGCCGAAGGAAGUGGAGGAAGAUGAUGUGGUUGGCUUGGAAGAGACAGAAGAGUUAGGUAUGACCUCAAUCUCCGGGAGAUCGCAAAUGGCGGACGCCAUUGUUUCCAGUUCCGUGACCAAUUUGUCCCAGCUUGUAGUGAAUGAGGUGAAUUUCCUUGAAGAAGUCGCGGAAGAAGUUCGAUCUCUCUGUGAUGAGCUUCAUCACAUGAAUAACUUCCUGAAAAAAUCUGAGGGGAAACGCAAUCAGCAUGACAAUGUGAUGGUUCUGUUGCGUCGAAAAAUAAGGGACGUUGCUCUUGAGGCAGAGGAUAUUGUCGACAAAUAUGUCGUCAAUGUUGCCAAGGAAAAGAGGAAAAACAAGUUGAACUGCUUCAGUUUCUUCUACAAGAUACUAAUGCUUCACAAUGUCAGGGUACAGAUAAAGGUACUCGAAACAAGAAUUGAAGAAAUAUAUGCAAACAGGGAAAAGUACAACAUCCAACAAACAGGCAACAAUGAAGCUGAAGAGUCGCGGAGGCAUGCUUUGUUGCAGAAACAGAGGAAUGAAAUGGAGGAAGAUGAUGUGGUUGGCUUGGAAGAGGAGACAAAGACAUUGGUGAAUCAGCUGGUCAAUGGAACAGAAGAGCUGGAUGUGAUCUCAAUCUCCGGUAUGGGGGGAUUGGGUAAAACAACUCUAGCCAAGAAGGUCUACGAACAGCAUUCUGUUAAAUAUCAUUUCAGUUGGCGUGCUUGGGUAAGUGUUUCACAAGAUUGUAACAUGAAAGAGUUGCUGCUGGCAAUCCUCAACGAAGUCGCCCCGAUGACCGUCAAGAUGUCAGAGAUGAAAGUGCAGCAGCUGAAGCAAGAGCUGAAGCAAGAGCUGAAGAAGCAAUUAUCUCGUCACAAGUAUUUAGUAGUGCUGGAUGAUGUAUGGAAGAAGAAACAUUGGGAUGAGCUAAAGGGAGUUUUUCCAAAUGAUAAAAUUGGAAGUCGAGUACUUAUCACAACUCGAAUCAUAGAAGUUGCUCGUCAUGUAAGCAGAAAAUCUCCAUUUUAUAUUCGAUUUCUAAAUGAUGAGGAGAGUUGGGAACUCUUCACCAAGAAGGUUUUCCGAGGACAGUUCUGCCCAGACAAUUUAGAAUCUCUUGGUAAAAAAAUCGUAGCCGAGUGUGGAGGAUUGCCACUAGCAAUAGUGGUCUUAGGUGGUCUUCUAGCAAGCAUGGAGAAGACUGAACAAAUCUGGACAAAAAUGGUUGGUGGAGUUAAUAGGCAAUUAGCACAAAAAACCACAUGCUUGGAUAUAUUGGGCUUGAGUUACAGCGAAUUGCCCCCAUACCUUAAACCUUGCUUUCUCUACUUGGGUCUUUUUCCUGAAGACUACAAGAUACCCGUGAGGCAGCUGAUCCAAUUGUGGAUAUCCGAAGGGUUUAUUCAAGAUGAGGAAAGGAUGCAGAGAAAGGAAGAAGUUGCUGAGAACUACUUGCAAGAACUCAUUGAUCGUAGCUUGAUCCAAGUAGAGGAAAAAAGGUCAGAUGGCGGCAUCAAAACAUGUCGAGUGCAUCAUCUUAUACAUGAUCUCUGCGAUAAGUUGUCCGAGGAAGAGAAAUUUCUUGAGUCUUACAGAAGUGUUCCAACAUCCCAAACCAAACCACGAAGGCUUGCAAUUCAUUGUAGUCGUCAGGACGACAUUUCGAAUGCCCAUGCCUACACUCGCCAGGUCCGCACCCUCCUCUGUUUUAACCAGGACAAGCAUAAGCUUUCUGAAGAACAUUGGGAAAAACUUUUCAAAUGCUUCAAGUUGCUUAGGGUGCUAGAUUUGGGGAACGGGGAGGUACAUAGGCUCCCAAAAGCCAUUGACAAACUGAUUCUUUUGAAGUACCUGAGGGUCAAAACUGCUGAUAUUUCUGGUAUUCCAUCUACCAUAUUUAACCUUCACCAACUCCAAACUCUUGACCUAAGAAUGUCUCGAAUAAAUGUCUUGCCAGAAGGGAUUUGGAGAAUGCGACAAUUGAGGCAUCUGUAUUUAGAUGGGCCCAGUAGACUACCUAAAAAAGCAGGUACAGACUGUCUCUUCGAUCUCCAAACUCUAUGUUACGUAUCACAAGAUCAUACUGGGCGAGUGAGGAUAGCAGAGAAAGCACCUAAUUUGAGAAAAUUAGGGUUGUAUGGCUACCAAUGUUACUUCUUAGAUGAAGAAAAAUCUACCUUUGAUCUACCCCAUCUUGAAUCUCUGAAAUUUUCAAGUGAAUGCGUCUUCGAUGAGCCGAUCAGACUGCCGCCAUCCAUCACCAAGAUCAGCAUAAAGACCGCCUUCCUGCAGUUUGAAACAAUUGAAAUAUUUCAAAAUCUACCCAAUCUUCAGAUACUAAAAUUAGACGGAGCAUCUUUUGAUGAUGAUAAGUUGGUCUUCAAAAAAGGCUGGUUUCCACAGUUGCAGUUAUUGAAAAUUGAAGAUUCAAGAAUAGUGAGUUGGAAACUAGGGCGAGGAGCAGUGCCGAAGCUUAAACGAGUGGUCAUCAGUAAAUGUCCUGGUCUAGAAAUGAUUCCUGAGGAACUGUGGGACAUUACUUCUCUUCAAAAACUUGAAUUGUUGUGGCUCCCCAAAAGGAUUGGGAAGAUGAUUGGAGAUUUCAAGAAAAGUGAUCAGCUUGAGGUCGUGAUCUAUCCAGACGUUGAUUCCGAAUUGGUUUAACGUGGUGGGUACAGUUGGUGGUGGAAUCAAACUUGCAGCUCAAUCAACUUGCCUUAACUUGGGGCGAAGAAUGCAAAUAAAGAAUCAGCUGGAUCAAAUGCAAGGCUAUUGAUCAACAUUGUAGUUGGCUACGUGAUUGCUGGGGAAAUAUUCCGCAUGUCUACUCUUGCAGUUCGGCAGCUUGUUAAGAGCGACAUGAAGUACAAUAGAUCAAGCAAUGUCAUCUCCAAAUCUUCCUCUUAAAACAAGGAGGAAAGGAUGCGAUCAAAUGAUGUUAAGAGGACAUUUCGUGAAGUGGGAGAUCUCAAAAGAUAAAAAUUAUGCAUGUAAAAUGUUUUGUGAAACUUAUUUUUCUUUAAGGUUUUAGCCAUCAUAUUUGUACUUUUUUGUGAAACUUAUUUUUCUUUAAGGUUUUAGCCAUCAUAUUUGUACUUUCUUUUUUUAGUAUAUUUUUUGGAAGAUAAAAUUUUCAUUAUGAUUUUAGUAUUGUUAGGGAGCUAAUUGAGUGACCUUUGCAAUGUAACAAUCCCCUGCAAUUUAAAGCUUCAUUGGAAGUUCAUGAAUAAAUUAAUUAAGAGUUGUCAGGAAA